UAGUAGUACACAUUAUUAAGUAGGAAGUACAAAGUGGUAAGGCAUGGACGAUGAGAGCUUCAGAGCCCGUGUACACAAAGUUUUCGGCUGUCUAUCGCCGUCGGCAUCGGUGUGGUCUCUCAGCGACGACGAUGUGGAGAAGAAAGAAUGGAAUCGAAGCGCACUGAAGCAAGGGAAAGAUGAUGAUGACCAUAACCUUUGUUCUUCAUCGUAUGAUGAAUUAUUCAAACAAAAACGCAGGAACAUCCAAAAUGUUAUCAAUGAUGAUGAAAAUCGUGUUGAUGAUGUUUGGGAAAUCAGAUCCUCUAUUGGCUUAGAUUCCACGCUUGAUAAUGAGGAGGAGGAAGAUGAAUAUGAUAGAGUGGCCGAGGGCAGAGUGGAUGCUCGUGAUCGCUUGUACAUGAAAAAUAUUGUUGAUCAGGAAACAUCUUGUGAUCCUCCGGGACAUAACAUCUGUAGAGACCCACGUGCAAAUCAUAUGGCUGCACAAGUUAGGCUGAAGGAAGAUGCAGAUGCAGCGGAGAAAUGUGAAACUGAUUUUGAUGGUAUCACUCUAAGUGGUGGGCAACAUUCAGCUAAAUCACUUCAGGAUCACUGUAACGUGAAGCCAAUUUUGAAAAAAGCAAGGAAAUCAGUGAAUGGUGAGGUCAAGUCUACUAAACGGGUCAGGUUUGAUCCUGGUUGUAAAGAUGAAUCUGACGGGGCAUCAGAACUAAAAGUUUCUUGGGCAGCUCCUGCAUCAGCUAACUCUACUUUUGAAGACAAUGAAUCCAUUAGCAGUAGGCUGAAGGUUCCUGAUUAUGUUCUCAACCCUUCAAAGUAUACAUGUUAUAGUUUGGAUUCACCUAGUGAGCUUAUUGAUGAGCCUAGUCAAGCUUUCGGAUAUGUUCUCGAGGAGGUUGAGAAGUCAAAGGAUGAUGUAGUGGAACAAGAAACUAUAGACAUGUCAGAUACUAAUCCUAAAUCAGUAGUUUUUGUACCUAGGCAGAAGAACACGGAUGCUAUAGGAGCAACGGGUGCAACUGUGUCAAAGGGAAUGAUUGAAGAUGCUUGUAAUGAAUCCUUGCACCCAAAGGGUUUCCCUGUUUGCAUUGCUGCUGGAGAAGCUCAACGAACUGAAGAUCCAAUGGAAGAAGAUAUGGAAGCACGUGUGGCUGAGAAUAACAUUGUGCCCCUAAAACCAGAACGUCGAUAUCGAAUCAAGGCAGGGAUGGAGGACACUUGAUGAUCUUCUGUUUACUUGAA